ACGCUCUUUUUUUUUUUUUUUUUUGCCGGUGGGCGGGUACGUGUUGGCGCGGCUGGGAAGCCGUUUCGAAUUGGAACCCAGAAGCCUGCGAGGCUAGAGCCAUUUGGGCUGCCUGAGAUGGGCAUCGUGGACACCAGCCACGCUUCGUGGGCGGGUGGCGGGAACUCUGUAAACUGAGCCUCGAGCAAGCUGUCCGUGGGACCUUCUAGAUUGUCCGUUUCCUGCUGCUUUCCCUUUAACAAGGUCCGGGGGUCGUGGAAUAUGGGCGUCCGAGUUGCCUCCGUUCUAAGUUGAUUCUUUCUCCACAGCGUUAUGGAGCCAGUAAGGGACAGGACCGGGAGGCCUCCCAGAAACGGCAGGAAGAGGAAGCGGGCCCCGAACGAGCCUCGGGGGGUGGCGGACGCGAUGAGAGGCCAUUGGGAACUCGAGGAGAGGCAGUCCCUGGCCAAGAAGCCUCGUUUAUCUACUGUUUUGUGUGCUGAAAACUGUGAGAUAACCUAUGGCCAGCUAUUUGAAUUGCUGAAGUAUGCAGUUCUGGGAAAAUCCUGUGUUUCUAAACCCAGAUGGUGCCAGAUUAUUCACCAAAAGUACCUGAAGGGUGUGGUGGUUUUUGUUCUUCAGGGAAUGAGUCAGCUACAAUUUUACAGGUUCUAUUUGGAGUUUGGAUAUCUUGGAAAGGCAUUUGGACAUAAAUUCCGCUUGCCGCCUCCAUCACCUAAUUUUCUAGCUGAUCUCAUUGGACUGAAACAGAAACAACCAACUGGAGAUCCACUCAAGAUGCUGGAAACAUCUUCUGCCGAUUCAAAAUCCAGCAUCAACCUACAGAAUGACCCUAUCAUUCAAAAAUAUGGUGUUAAGAAAGUGAGCUUGCUCAGAUGCCUUCUGACUAAGGAAGAAAUGGAAACAGUAAACUUCCCGUUACAAGGUUUUACUGAUUGUGAACACUUUGUACCUACCAAAUGUAAUGGCUGUGUAACAGAUAAUAGUCCUCUCUUUGGACUUGACUGCGAAAUGUGCCUCACGUCCCAGGGCAGAGAACUGACACGUGUCUCAGUGGUGGCUGAAGGAGGCUUCUGUAUUAUGGAUGAACUGGUUAAACCUGACAACAGGAUUGUGGACUACCUCACCAGGUUUUCAGGAAUUACAAAAAAUACUCUUGAGCCAGUGACAACCAAACUCAAGGAUGUCCAGAAGCAGCUGAGAGCACUACUUCCUCCUGAUGCGGUGUUGGUGGGCCACUCCUUGGACCUGGACCUCCGAGCGCUGCAGAUGAUACAUCCAUAUGUUAUUGAUACAUCAUUGCUUUAUGUCAGAGAACAGGGCAGAAGAUUUAAAUUGAAGUUCUUAGCCAAAGCUGUUUUGGGGAAGGAUAUACAAUGCCCAAACAAGAUUGGUCAUGAUGCCAUAGAAGAUGCUAGAACAGCUCUAGAAUUGGCUCAGUAUUUCCUUAAGUAUGGCCCAAAGAAGAUUGCAAAACUGAAUCUGCAGACACUUGUUCAUCACCAAGAACUGCUAGCAGCCAGCCAAGAACCAAGAAAUACACUAGAAGUAGCUCAGUUCUCAAAUGCAAGUAUUUUAGAAUGCUUGGACUCAUUGGGUCAGAAGCUCCUUUUUUUGACCCAGGAGACAGAUGCUAGUGAACUUUCUUCUAGAAAUUGUCACACUGUUAAGUGCCUUUCAAAUAAAGAGGUUUUUGAGCAGGCCAGAGAGGAAAUCCUUCGGUUUCCCUUCAGCAUUGUACAGUUCUCUUUUGAGCCCUUUUCACCUACCUUCUCUGAGGAAAUGAAUGAAAAGGUGAGAAUGAAGUGGAUAGAGAUGUCAACUGUCUAUGCGGGCCCACUUAGCAAAAAAUGCAGCCUCAGGUACCUGAAAAGGCUGUUUAAGAGCUUUGGCCCAGUCCAGUCAAUUACCAUUAUUCUUGAAACUUACCAGCCCUAUCUCUGUGUCCAGUAUGACGUUCUGGAAGCUGCCCAGCUGGCCAUAGAAACCUUGAAUGGCAUUCAGUUGGAAGGUGUUUGCAUCAAGGUGAAGAGACCUGUUACUGAGCUCACCCUUGAUUGUGAUAAACUCCUAGAUGAGCUGGCACUAGAUGCUGAGAACCAAGGUAGUCUUUACCUGUCUGGAGUGAAGGGAGGCUUCAAGGAGCGCUUGUUGCAGCAGUCCAACUGCUUCCUUGGCUUGGAAGCUUUGAUCUUGCCUAAAGACCACAGAAGUGGAAUACCUAAAAACUACUGUUUCCUGAAAUUCAAAAAUGUUGGCAGUGCCCAAAGGGCCCUUAGCAUUUUCAGAGGCAAAGACUGGAAUUUGAAGGGCAGGCAUGCCCUCACCCCUCGGCACCUCCAUACAUGGCUCAGAAAUUCACCGCUGGAAUCAAGCCCUCUAGGACUUCCUGUCACAUCUCUCUCCUCAGAACAGGAGACCUUGCAGGCCCUGAAUGUAGACCACUCGAAGCUAGCAUCCUGGCGCUGGGGCCGGAAGAUCGAAAAGCUUUACAACAGCCUGAGUCCAGGGACCCUGUGCCUCAUCCUGCUGCCAGGAACACAGAGCACUCACGGAUCACUCACUGGCCUGGGCCUAAUGGGAAUAAAAGGUGAAGAGGAAAGUACCACCUCCAGCACGUGUUUGAACUGGAAACUUCAGUAAAAACCAGUUGGCUGCUUUUUGACUGU